UACGCCCCUGGUCCUCAUCGAAAACAGCUACACAGCUGUAAAAGCCAAAACCCAAACCUGAUUCCAGAUGUGUGUGUCAACCAGGCAAAGCUCUGCAUACAGAAACCACUGGACUACGGCUGCAGCUGCAGGUCUUUAUGGUGUUCGCUUUGCAAUGCAAAUAUUUGAACAUUGAAUAAGUAAUGGUCACCUGCCAGAAUAUUUUAAAGUUAUGGGAGACCCCAAAACAGAAGAGGACAUGAGAGGACAGGAAGACCACAUCACUCUGUGGCCCAAUGGUACAGAAGCGAUCAUCAGCUCAGACCUCUCUGUUUCUCAUGAGAACCAGAACAAAUCGAUGAUGAGAGAAACGAUGGAUUGGCCACUGGAGAAACAACACAUGAUGAAUAACAAGCCAGAAGAGAAAUCUGAGAACAAUACCAUAAGGUUCUCCUUAGAUGGCAGUGCAUCAGGUAAUUUGCAUAGUGCUACAGGGCCCAGUCCUGCCUUUUUGGCUGCAUUGGCUUCUCUGGGUGAACACACCGAUCACAUGCUCUUGCCUCACUCGUUACAUCAGAUAGCAGAAGCUUAUUUUCUUGAAGAAGACUAUCAGUGGGCAGUUCACUUCCUGCAUUUGGAGAUGCUAUAUCAUGAGAGACUGCUUUCCAACUUGGCCUCCAUGCAGAAGGCCUGGGAAUCCAGGUGGAAGGCUGUUUCUCAAGCCAAAAAUGGUUCUCCUGUGAAGAUCCACUAUACUGAGCCCGAGGCAAAGCACAUGAACUCUCUGAAUCUCAUCUGCAGAUCACACCAAAGACCUAAUCGCAGUGGGGAAAAGCAGGUAACCAAGGAGAGCAUUACAGUUCAGUACAGUUCAAGUACAGGAAAUCCUUUUAAAAUGAAGGAGUGGACAGAGCAGCCAUGGAGUGACCCAGAAGAGGAAAAUGGGGGUGAAGAAGAGGACAGAGAGGCUGAAAGUUUGACUGAGGUGGUGCAGGAGGCGGUGGCCAGAAGACAGCAGUUAUCUGGGGAAGAACUGACUGAACCCAUUGAAGUUGAGGAGACCUUUCCCUCCAAUGGUCUCAUCUCCAUCUUGAAGAAGAGAACAUGUCCGGAGGAAUCCAGUCCUGUCAAUCACUCUCCACCCAGAACCUCCUCCAAAUUCAAAGUCCGCUUCAGUGAAACAGAUGCCUUACUGGACAAUGAUGAAGAGGGUGAAGACUCCUGUUUGUUCCUCCUUUUCCUGUGCCUGGUAACAGUGGUCAUCAGCAUGGGAGGUACCAUGCUCUACUGCUUCCUGGGUGGGGCUUAUUCAAAUAUUUGCACUGAUUUCUCACACAACAUGGACUUCUGCUCUGGAUUUAUACGCCGAGUGGUGGACAUUCUCACACACUGGUUCAUUCCUGCAUCAUCAUAGCCCUGUUGCACUGGUAACACACUCCUGUUUUUCCUUCUAAUCUGUUUUCAUUGUCAAACAGCAGAAACAAAGGAUACCUCUUUACCUGAUGAAGACAACUGGACAAGCAUUCAUGUGUAAAAGCAGGCGAACUUAAUGUCAGUUAGUGGAGUCUGAGCUUCCACUAUACACAGAUUGUGUAGAAUUCACAUUAUAUUAACUACUGCAUCCGAUUAACUAAUAACUCUGUUGAGAUAAUUCCGCUGAUGGCUUGUUUCACCAGUUCUAUUUUAUUUCUUUUGUUGAAAUAUGAAGAAAUAAUGUUCCUUAAUUAUGUACUGGCAACUUUAUACUGCACAGUUGACAACUUUAUCACCACAGAAUUUGCUUGCUUAUAAAUCUUAACCUUGUUUUGUAUUAUAUAAUAUCAGGCAAUAUUUUAUGCUCACAAUCUUUUAUGACUCACAAGUGCACACAUCUGGAAAUUCUUUGUACAUGAUGUACAUGAUGUGCAAAAAAAAAGGUUGAUUCGUCGCAGCAGAGGACCAGAUGAAAAGCAGGGUAGUAUGUGCUCUGAAUUUACUGUUAAGAGAAUCUAUUUAAUAAUUUGUACAUAAUUAUGGCUAGACUCAUUUAUGGAUAGACACUGAAAUGCGUCUUUUUUCAUUUUUAUUUUUUCAUAUUCCGAACUUUAUUGUUAGCUAUAUUCACUGUCCCAUUCUUAAAAGUCUGUAUGAAAAAAAAAAAUGCUUCUGUUAAGUGUGCCCUCAAUCACACAGACAUAAAAAAGUGAACUGUAUAAUGUAUAUAUUUUAUGCUAAAUACAUACAAAUAUGAAUAUAAAUACAGGCAAACCUGAAAUUAUAGGGACCCAUAAAGUGCAAAAUAUGUACGAUACGUAUAAAAUAAACGCACAAUGAUUCCAAAUUCUUUCUACUAAUCAUUUCUACUACUUUCCUGUAACAGUAUCACAGCUGUUGAAAACAGUCCUCAAACUGUACGUAUCCAUUUAUACUGUAUGUGACCAGAAAUUAACAGUGAGUAAGGGCAGAUAUGCAUGGGGAAAAAAGAUGAGCUACAGUCUAUAACUGCACUGCACGGGUAUGUUCCAGCAAGUACGCACUGUGUUGCGUCUGAUACACACUACCAUGUUAGUGUCACUGCUGUGCUCAGAACAAUCCACCACCAAGGGUAGAGAGUGGCAAAUUGUGCUGAUUAAAUGGCCAAUAUCCAAUAAAAUGUUGGAUUAAUGAUUGACAAACAAUGGGCCUGAUUCAUCAAUCUUUUAGUAAAGUUGUUGUAAAUGUUUGCCAAACUGAGCUAAAAAUUUCUGCUGGAUUUACAAAAAAGUUUCAGAAAUGACGAUUUUCUUCAUAUUCAUGUGUAUGUUGAUAAAUCACGGCACAGCUGAUUUGCAUUUGGUGACGCCCACAAAACUCCAUAAAAGGCAAAGCUCACACAGCUGAAAUGAUGAGUGAAAGGCAAAAAAAAAGACUUUUGCUGAGGUAGAAGUGAAAGUUAUUUUGACUCAGCUCUAUGCAAGUAAAAAAUAUAUAUUAUAUUUGUCAUUGUAACAGCACCUGAAAGGCCAAAAUCAGGAGCCAAAUUUCAGAAAAAGGUGAAUUAGAUGUGAAGUAAGUGAAGUAGAAAGAAAAUGGUUUGACAUGAAAAUGGAGAAAAACCAAUAACAUUGCACAAAGAAACUGCUAUUUUUAAUUGUUUUUUACUCAAAGUCAAAUGUCUCAGUGACUCUUGGUCAGAAAUCUCUCACACCCUCCCUGGAGCCAUGUUAGAAAAGCAGAAGGGUACGUGUCUGCAGGAAGCCAAU